AGGAGAACUGAGGUCGAGCGUGUGUGUACUAGAGAUAUACUCGCAGACUGCCGGACGGUUUGUUUCUCGGCAUGGCCGACGCAGUCGGGAGCAAAACUCACAGCAGCCUGGUCACCAUUUUUGCGAUAUGGAAUACCAUGCUGGGCACAUCGAUGCUCACCAUGCCCUGGGCUGUCGCGCAGGCGGGAAUCGGGGCUUCGAUAAUUUGCUUCGUGAUCGUUGGUGCUCUCUGUCUCUACACGACGUACAGGGUGGUGGAUUCCCCGAGAUUCCUACAGGAGGCACCCGUGAACCCAGACACGAUGCCUUCCUACAGAAGACUCGUGGAUCCAGCAAAACGUCUGAUGGAACCGGCUCGCAAGAAUGAAGAUAUAGAGUUCGUGGACGUUUGCGCGAAGCUUCUGGGACCGAUAGGUCGUUGGGUGGCUGUCAUAUUCUCGGCCGUGGCUUUAUUAGGAACAACAAUCGUGUUCUGGGAGCUAAUGUCGAAGUUCUUGCACAACCUCGGGCUUUUCGUCUACGACGUUGCGUCUGGUCACCAUACUCUCCUGAAGAUCUCAAACCCCUUGGAAUGUCACGGGAAUAGCGCUCCGAGCAAUAUAACCGACGACUACGAGACGGAACCGGACUUCCGGAAGAAUACAUGGAUUUUCGGAGUGCUCGACAAUAGAUUCACGUGGCCGUGCGUACUCUCUCUCGUCGUAUUCCCCCUCGUCAGCAUCCGAGACGCUGGUUUCACCCAGAAAUUCACAGCCCUCGGGACCCUCUCGGCGAUAUACCUCCUCGGUUUCGUCACCUAUCACGCCACGGAGUGGGGAGUGAAUAUCGAGUUCUCGAACUCCACCUCCGUUCACUAUGAUGCUCCAUUCAAAACAACUUUCGUCUCACUGACCGGAGUGCUGUGCAUGUCGUUCUUCGUACAGAACUGUAUUCUCACCCUCCUGAAGUUGCAGAAUAAUCCUGCGAAGAACACAAGAGAUCUCUGCAUUGCCUUCGGCUUAGUGGCAGCAACGUAUCUCUUGAUAGGGAUACCCUUCUAUCUCACUUUUCCCCUGAAGAAGGGCUGUAUAUCGGCCAAUUUUGUGGGGAACUUCGCUGCGAACGACAACCUGGCAACGGUGACGCGGGCAUUCCUACUCUUGCAGUAUCUGAGCUUGUUCCCGCUGAUAGCAUCGAUCCUCAGAGACCUCGUGUUGAAGACCGUGUGUAAAUCCCCUGAUUCCGAUUAUUUGAGGAAUUGCCUCUUCAAUUCAGCUCUCAUCGGUGUCUGCAUUUUCAUCACAAUUUUCGUCCCUCAGAUCGGAAUUAUUCUCAGGUAUUGCGGAGCAAUGACUGGAAUGGCAUACGUAUUCGCCUUGCCCUCGAUCGUCUACAUGGUCGGCUCGAGAAAGCACGGGAAGCUGGGAAUUUUCGGAGGCAUCUUCCAUAGUGUCUUGGUGGUCUUGGGAGUCAUCAAUAUGCUUGCACAGUUUCUAGAAUCGUAUUUUUUGGAACAGUGA